UGAAGGGGUUUCAGGGGAUUCUUUACGGAUCCUCAUCCUCUUCUUCAGGCUCAGGUAUUCAAUCAGGUACACAAAAGUCAAGCCACAGGUAACAAUGACUCCCCUGCUUCUGCUGUGUGUGUCCUUGCCACUCAUCUCUGCAACAAUCUCAUUCAAAAAUCCCAAAGGUUUGGAUGGCACAUUGCAUGUCAGCAUCCCUGUGGAGGUGCCUCUUCGUCCUCUGCUGGGAGGUAAGGUAGUGAUACCAUGCUACUUCCAAGACAACACUGUCAACGACCCCGGAGCCCCAACCGUCACUCCAAUGUCCUACAUCAAAUGGACCUAUGUCACCAAGGAAAAUGCCACCACAAUCCUGGUGGCAUCCAAAGGACAAGUUCAUGUGGAAACAGAGUAUAUGGACAGAGUGACGAUGGUCAACUACCCCCUGGUGCCCAUGGAUGCCAGUGUGGAAAUCACAGAGCUGAGGUCCAAAGAUUCUGGCACCUACCGCUGCGAGGUGAUACAUGGCAUUGAGGAUAACUACGACUCUGUGGACAUCCAGGUUCAGGGCAUUGUAUUCCACUACCGAGCCAUCUCCACCCGCUACACCCUGACGUUUGAGAAGGCCAAGGCGGCCUGUAUUCAGAACAGUGCCACCAUUGCCACUCCAGCCCAGCUCCAGGCUGCCUACGAUGAUGGAUACCACCAGUGUGAUGCUGGAUGGCUCUCUGAUCAGACUGUUAGGUACCCCAUCCAUGAACCAAGGGAGCGUUGCUAUGGAGACAAGGAGACCUUCCCAGGUGUGAGGACCUAUGGAGUCAGAGAUGUCAACGAGACCUAUGACGUGUACUGUUUUGCUGAGAAGAUGUCAGGCAGAGUCUUCUACUCCAUGUCUGUGGAGAAGUUUACUUUCUAUGAAGCAGCAGAUCAGUGUGCCAAACUUGAUGCACGGCUCGCUACCACUGGAGAGCUUUACCUGGCCUGGAAGGCUGGCAUGGAUGUAUGUAACGGUGGUUGGCUGGCAGACAGGAGCGUGCGCUACCCCAUCAACAUUGCCAGGCCUCAGUGUGGAGGGGGGCUUCUAGGAGUGAGAACCAUCUACUUGUUCCCCAACCAGACAGGAUACCCCUACCCAGACUCUCGCUAUGAGGCUAUCUGCUUCCGAGCUGGUGAGGAUGAAGAUGUUGUGCCUGUGAGGACCACACCUUUCCCAGACAUCAUCACUUUAACACCGGCCCCUGGGGCACAUCCGUUUCUCACCCCCCCACCUGAGGGUGAGGAGAUCAGGGGUGGAGAUGUGGACACCCUCUACCCUCUGCCCGUCCCUCCUGUGAUACGUAAGCCUGGACUCCAUCUGACUGUCACAGAUGCUGCCAUGGCUCCCACAGGUGUGGUGUUUCACUAUCGGCCCAUCACUGGUCGCUACACUCUGACCUUUCUUGAGGCUCGGCAGGCCUGCCAGAGUAUCGAUGCAGUCAUUGCCAGUCCCCGGCAGCUGCAGGCAGCCUUCGAGAAAGGCCUGCACCAAUGUGAUGCUGGCUGGCUCAGUGACCAGACUGUUAGGUAUCCAAUUGUGUCGCCCAGAGAUAACUGUGCAGGUAAUCUGCCAUACUUUCCAGGAGUCAGGUCCUACGGCCUGAGGCCAGCCAGUGAACACUAUGAUGUAUUUUGUUAUGUGGAGCGUCUCCAAGGUGAGGUGUUCUUCACUACUGACUAUGACAACUUCUCCUAUGAGGAGGCUGUGCAGCACUGCCAGAAACUGAACACCACCCUGGCCACCACUGGCCAGCUGUAUGCUGCCUGGAAACAAGGCCUUGACAAGUGCCGCCCAGGCUGGCUGAUGGACCGCAGCGUCCGCUACCCCAUCACGACCCCCACAAUCCAGUGUGGCGGUGGCCAGGCAGGGGUCCACAUCAUCUACGCCUAUCCCAACCAGACAGGAUUCCCCGAUGAGCACUCGCGCUAUGACGCCUACUGCUUCAAAGCUGGAAUUCCUGUUGCCCGUGUUGAAAAUGAAACCAGUGUCAAUGUGACGAUAGUGACGGAGGAAGUUAUCAACAAGACAGCAGUCACAGCUGAUCACUUUGCUCCCUCUGUCUACAAUGAAACUGAAGCUGAAAUAGAGGAGUUUAUCAACAAGACAACCAUCACAACACAUGGAUUUGCUCGUCCUGGGAGACCCACUCUACCUGCAGUCUCUGUUGAAGUGUCAAGCUCUGGUUCUACUAGCGGUGAGAUCUCGAGGGGAUCCAGCACCUCCGGCACCAGUGGUGACAUCUCUGGUUCAGGACAGGGCAUCAUCUAUAGUGGACACAGUGACAUCUUCUCUGGAGACCAGUCUGCCUCUGGAGGUCCCCAGGAGGCAGAAGGAGGAAGUACUGUCAUCUUCACAUCUGGAGAACUGGGUAGUGCUUCUGGAUCUGGGGAAGAGCAAUCUGGCUUCAGGAUAUCAGGAUCAGGUUUAAUCAGUGGAAGUGGUGACUUCAGUGGUAGCGGCGGAGACGAGACGCUCAUCAUGCUGGAUGGAAAGAUGGUGGAAGUAAGAAUCCACCAAGAAUCCACUCAGCAGCAGCAGUUAGGCCAGGGAGGCAUCGAGGUAAUAGAACUGAGUGCGUCUGGAUCAGGAAGUGUGUCGGGGUCAGGCUCUGGUGGAUUUUCUGGCAUCUCAUUUGUUGAGCACAGUGCAGUUGACCUGACAGUUCAGCCAUCUGGUGAGCAGGAAGUGUCUGGAUAUCGUCCCUUUGGGUCAGGGUUCCACAGUGGCUUUCCCAGUGGUUUUCCUUCUGGUGUUUCAGGCAGUGGUUCUGCCUCUGGAGACUCUUUCAAGCAGCGUGGUGAUGUCAUCUACAUAACAGAUGAUGAGACAAUUGAAGUGACCAUAGCACCACUGGUACACCACCCUCAGCAAGGCCGGGGGGUGGUGGAGAUAAGCGGGGAAGGAACUGUGUCUGGGAUCCACCAUGAAUUCAGUGGCGCUUUAGACCGAAGCUCGCACCCUUCAGGAAGUGGAUCUACGAUGACUUACACAGAGGACAUUACCAGCCUUGACCAAUCAGGACUCGGGGAAGAGGAACAGCACGGCCAAGAAGAACCCACACUUUAUGUAGUGACUCCUAAUGCAACCUACACCAGCCCAACUACAGCACCAUCAGUGUCAGUGGCAACCCCUGCUGUUGUGGCGCAGCCUGUAGUAGUGGAAGCCUCUGCAGACCCCUGUGAUCCAAACCCCUGCAGCUCAGGAUCCUGCUCUGUGCAGGGAGCACUCGCUGUGUGUCAGUGUCCCAGCGGCUUCACUGGAGAAAACUGCUCAGCGCUGGUGCAGGGCUGUGCUGAAGGCUGGUCAGAGUUCAUGGGCAGCUGUUACCUUCACGUUGAGGAGCGACAGAUGUGGUCUGAGGCUGAGCAGCACUGUCAGGAGCUCAACGCCCACCUGGUCAGCAUCAGCUCCCAGGAGGAGCAGCAGUUUGUAAACUCCAAUGGUCAGGAAUACCAGUGGAUCGGACUCAGUGACCAAGCUGUUGAGAAUGAAUUCCACUGGACAGAUGACAGUCCUUUGACCUUUGUGAACUGGAGACCCAACCAGCCAGAUAACUAUUUCGUCUCUGAGGAGGACUGUGUGGUGAUGAUCUGGCAAGAGGGCGGACAGUGGAAUGAUGUGCCCUGCAACUACUACCUUCCCUUCACCUGCAAGACCCGACCUGUCAUGUGCGGAGCGCCCCCUGAGGUAGAGCAUGGCCAGCCAAUGGGCAGCAGAACAGAGCCCUACCCAGUCAACUCUAUUGUCCGCUACCAGUGUGACGCAGGCUACACACAGCGUCACCUGGCUGUUAUACACUGUAUGGCAAACGGACAAUGGGAAGAGCCACAAGUGGAAUGCACAGAAGCUGGCACCAACAGUAGCAGGCUACACAAAAGAUCCCUUCGGAGAAGAAGUAAAGGGGUCAGCCACCAACAGGAACAGAGGAAGCUGCACUGAGCAGGACUGAAAAGACAUACAACAGAGAGCCACAAAGGACCCCUCUUAAUAAGAAGCAUGGACACUAAUGCAAAUGUCCAACCAAAAAGAUAACAUUCCCUACCACGCAUAUACAAAAGCACACUUAGACAGCAAUGGUAUUAUUAACAGAUCUUUUGGAUCAUUGCACAUCACCCUACACCCUCUGAGGACAGUUUUUCUAUGUAUUUAUAGCAGAUAAUUUAUAGCUGUGAUCCAGAAUUUGGAAGUCAUUUCAAAGCAAUUUUCUGCAAUCAGCAGCCAGCUCUGCACAAAAUGUAAUGUAGAUAAACUUAGGAAAUAGUGAUUUUAAAAAAGUGACACAAAAUUAAAAACAGCCCAAUAAUAAGGUUUCAAUUUCAGCUGGAUUCUCUGGCAUCCAAAACAGUGUUACAUAGACUUUUGCUAUAUUUUUAGGGAACUUUUUAGAUCUUUCUUAGUGUUUUUAUUUCUUUUGUUUGGUCUUCAACUCAAAGAAUAAUGUCUGCUGCAGACUGGUGAAACCAACUGUUUAUUAAGAUUCUCAAGCUUUUUGGUUGUGUUCCCUUAAAGUGCAGCAAUGAGUGCAUACUACCCCUUUUACCAACAAGAUGGGUAACUGUGAAUAGUUUUUGUUUUACUUGAAUUAUCAGAGGAGCCCUUGAUUCUAGCAGAACCAGAGUAAAACAUGUAGUGUGUCAUGGUCAUAAACCACCUUUCAAACACCAAACUUAAGUUGUCAAAACUUCCAAGUUGUGUAAGGACACCACCACGUAUCUCAGUAUAUGAUUGUGCUGUUCCAUUUGAGGAUAAAUAAAAAUCCAUGUACAGGAUGUGAUCAAAGUCACUGCAACAAUCCUGGAUUGGAGUAGUCAGCACUCAUGCACUUUUGAGAGUCUUCAGUCACUUCUGUGCUAAUCAUGUGAAUCCCUUGAACAAUGAAAUAGCAAAAGCCUCAAUCGGCAGAUGAAGCUCACAUCUGGCUCCUGGCCUCCACGACAGUGCAGAACUCCACCUCAACGGGUCAAGUAAUGCUGCAAAAGAUGCACAACUGGCGUUUCAGCUUGGAGUUCAUAUGUGUGCCUUUCAUGACCUCUAUCAGCUCUGUCUGAUGAGAGAAAUAUGCUUUUUAUGAGAUUCACUGUUUGCCAAAUGAUGAGUUUCUCACCAUAAAUACUGUCGCUACAAUUCUCUGAACAGCAGGAUCUGUCAAUACCUUACACAGACUAGACUAUUUAAUUGUGUAAUUAAUUCAUAAUUGACCCAUUUGAUGUUUUAACUAUUAAGCUGCAGCUAUGAGUUACAAAUGGAGAUGAAUGAUUUAACAACCAACUUGUUUUAAGGUCAGGACUGGCUUAAAACAGAUAGUUGUGUCCAUGUUCUCACAGAACGACUCAGACACUGAAACAGCAGCUGCAUACACAACCAAACUGGGAGCCUCAUGAACACACUUCAAAUUCAGUAAGCACACUAUAAAGUGUGAAGGUGAAGGAUUAGCCUGAUUACAUCGUAGUACAAAAGGCACUGUUUGCUCAUACACCCAUAGUUCUUUUACAUCUAAAUGCUGUGUUUUUGAAAGCUCCACUUUCAGCAAAAAUUCAACAUUUGAGUGAUUAUGUGGAGGACUGUUAAUAAAACAGAAAAUCUGAGGUAGAAAAAAGUGUGUGAUCAACUGAUUCUUCAACAAACUGAAAUAUCUUUAAAAAAAAUAAAACAAAAUGCUGCAUCACUUCUUAGUUCAGAUCCCAAAUCCUGAUGUAAACAUACAGUAUACUGUGCUGUACCAAAUAAAA